CUGGGCCGGAUCUACCCCACCCAUGAUUGCAUGAAAUAUUGACGCAUUUCAGUGUCACCAAAACAUAAAAACUGAUUCUUCGUUAAGAACUUCUAUUAUCUUUGCUCCUUCUAUAAAUACAGUAACCAUUACCAUUGUUCUGNAUACUCUGUUCUCUCUUUUCUCUGCGUAACCAUGGCACUCACACGUGCCAUCUUGAUGCUAACCAUUUUCUUCACUCUGGUAGCAAUAUCCACGUCUCAAGCUCCCUCUCCUGCACCCACGUCUUUAACUCUCCCCUCGCAAAUGUCCCCAACUACCUCACCAACUCCUACACCUUCUCAAAGCCCAAGCCCAAGCCCAGGACCAAGCUCGGGCCCAUCCGCCACUUCAUCGCCGCCUUCACCUUUUGCUCUCUCACCCACUUCAUCCCCUUCAUCAGCAUCUGCUGAUUCUGUGCCUUCAAGACCCAGCAACGCGUUUCUUCGUGGAACCAGCUUCUUCAUGCUACCUUCACCCUUUUUCGCGGCUGCUGCAAUGCUUCUUCUCUGAGCCAAGACAGACUCAUUCACUCAACUCUGUGUAGGCUUGAAUCAAUAAAUGAGACAUGUUUUUUGUUCUGUUCUUUGUAAGCUACUCUGCUAUUUUAUUCUGAAGAUGAUUCUUGGAUAAUUGGUCGGUAUUUGCUAAUUGCAAUAUCGUACGAGAAUUGUAUGAUUUAUGAUGCCAUUCAAAAUUUACGAUUUUACCUACGAAUGCUAAUUCCUGACUUUUACAA